UGGUUGAAGUCAUAUGAACGUUAGGACAGUGAUUCAUUCACUGUCGUUCACUGAAGUAAUUCGUUCCUUUGAACGAAUCGUUCACUCACGAGCCAACACUAGCGGACGCUAUCGAAGUUUGUUAGUUGUUGCCAUAGCGACCACAUGUUUAUUUCAGCGGCUUUAGCAAGAGGCAUAUGUCAUUUGUUUUCCUGCAGCUACGAGACAAAAAGGAUGUCUACGCGGGGAAAGAAUGUCCAUCUGAUCGGUGGAUCAACUCUGGAGGGUAUUAAUGUCAUACGUAACCACUCCAAGCUCUUCCGAGGUGAAUGCAUGAGACUGAUCGAGGACUGCAACAAAUCUUGCAAGCGCCUGGAAGAUGAUGACAGCGAGAGGCUGAAUCAUCGCGUCCGAGACAUUCAGUUUGUGAAGAAGGAGCUGGAGCUGAAGUUGGAGGAGAACGUUUUGGAGACGGAUCAACUUAUUGCACUGCAAAGCAGAGUGAUGAAAGCCAUCGAGUCUUGCAAGGAGCCUAUCAAAGUCACUAUGCAAUGUAUAGAUGAGAGAAAUAAAUCCCAUGAAAAGUUGUGUGAUGAAGUAUACACAGAGCUGCUCAAGGAGGCUGACCUCAGCAAGGGAAUUAAGGCCCUUAUGCAGCGUGUCGUGAAGCAGAUCGUUGAGCAAAUACGAUUGAACCAGUCGGCAAAAUUCCAACUUGAACAGGAUCUUAAGGGGAAAUAUGUGGCGCAGAAUGUAGAUACCUCCUGUGCCUCAAUGACCCCACAUUCCCUCAUCAACACACAGCAAAGUUUAAAAGUCAAGACGGUUUCCUCCAGUUCCUCUGUGACACCUGUACAGUGGGGGAACAACUCUGAUUUUUACAUCGCUAAAGCAGAGCAGCAGAAGAAAAACUCGGUGUCCCUGAGGGCCCUGGUGGAGUCUCUACUGGCGCAGACUUCCAGUGAUAUGCAAAAGCAGUUUGUGGCAACAUCAGCAGCCUUUCAAUUUAGUGUCAAACAGCUCAAGACUGUCAAAAGCCAGAUGGAAGACCAACUCACCAAGGUUGUUUCAGAGUUCGCCUUCCAGCAGAGAAACCGAGCUGAUCUACUGGUAGCGGUCACACAGAAUGAGCAUUUUCUAAGUUUGGCGAAGGCGAGGCUGGAUUUGCGUCAGGACAGGCCCCCAAAAGAGCUAUGUCAUGAUCCAGCACAAUCACAGCUCCUUGCCGAAGUCGGACAACUAAACUGUCAAAUCGAAAAGUUGCAUGAGACGGUGGAGCAGUCAGAAGAGCAGGAGAGGGCGCUGGUCCGCUGCCAGCUGGAGCUCCAGCAGAACAUUGAGCUGAAGGCCAGACUCCUCUAUGUUGAUGAGUUCAUCUGCAGCCAGCUCAGAAAGCCUUUUGUCAUACACAACUUCUGACAUGCUUCAUUUUGUUCAAAUCUAGUUAUCAAAACCUUUUUUCUGAGAGUAAAGUUAUCAAUAUAUAUCUGUUACGUUUGUGUGAUACUAUUCCGGUCCCAUUUUACAGGAAUGGACCAAUUAAAAUGUUUAUUACUUUUGUUAACAUGUAAGACUUAAAACACAGUUAAACCAAUUAAUAGUGCUCACCACCGAUUUGGAAGUUGCAUUUUAUGAAGACAGCUGAAAUCCCAUUUCUAAAUGUUUAUUUAUUUCAUAAGGAAUUUGAAGACUAUUU